AAUUUAUUUUUCUCUUGUAGAUCUAUCAAAAGCUUCUAAGUGCACGUGAGGAGGCCGGAGUAGCCCAUGAUGAAGCAUUAAUCAGAAUGAUUGAAGAAGAUAAUGUUGCACACUCGAUUGGGCUGUCAGUGGAAAUUCAAGGAAUAAAACUAGAAAUUCAGAAUUCAAUAGAUGUUGCUGAGAGUAUGUCUUCUGCCGUGGUUGAGCUUUUCGAAAGUGUGUCUAUUGUGCCAAAUUUGUUCUUGGAUCUGAGGUCAUUCUUUUGUGAAGGUUCUGUCCAACUAAAAUCCAUUAUGGGUAAAUAUGAAGAUAUACACAGUUAUAUGAGGAAAAAAGUUGUGAAACUAGAGAACGAAAAGAUGAAUCUCCAUAAGCAGAUAGAAGAGCUUGGACUAGAGCUACACAAUUCUGAAAUGGUUUUGAUGGAGCACUGCCAAAAAGUAGAGUUGGAGAAAGCUGAAUUACUUUCUCAAAUUCAAAAUCUUGAGAAAGAAGUUACAUGCUUGUCAUCUUGUUCCUUGGCAAGAGAAAAAGAAAAUUUGAGAAAAGAACAUGAAAAAACAAAAUUGAAAUUGAAGGAGACUGAAUCCAAGCUUAAGAAUGCCAUCCAGGAAAAAACCAGAUUAGAGGGUGAGAAAGCAUAUGCUGAACGAGAGAUAAAACAAUUGCAUGGUCAAAAAACUCUUCUGGAACGUGAUAUAUGUAAACGUGACUCACUUGCUGGUAGAAGGCAUGAUUCAGUUGCUGACAGGAGGCGUGAAUCAAAAGCCUUUGACUCAAACAAGGCAAAGGUUCACAACAGCUCCUAUGAGCAGACAUUGCAGGAAGAAUACAAGAAACUGGAAGUUCUCGCAUUUGAGAUGGAGACAACAAUUGCUUCUUUGGAAGAGGAAUUGGAAGCUGCAAACAGAGAGAAGGCAGAGGCCAUUAUUAGUAAUGAAGUCUUUACCUCGGAAUUGGAAGCUAUGUCCAACAAAUUGGAAUCAUCAAACUUAGAGCUGAAAAUGUCACAGGAAGAGUUUUUAAGCUUUCAAUUAAAACUGACUGAAUCUGAGACCAUGUGUCACAAAAUGGACAGCUCUCUCAAUAAAUUGUUAGGGGAAAAAGAAGACUUGGCAAUGCAACUUACCAAUGCCCUUCUGGAACUGGAGGAGGAAAAAGCAAUAUGGGCUGCAAAGGAGAGGGCUUCCAUUGAAGCUAUGGCGGGAAAAACAAAGUUAACCAAGGAUGAGAUUAUAUUGCUUUCAAAGGAGUUGUCUGAGGCGACGCAUGAACUGGACGUCUGCAGAGAAGAAUGCAAAGUGCUGGGGAAAAAGUUGAUGCUUUGUGAGGAAAAUAUAGAACGUCAUUCCAAGAGCAGCAUAAGAUUGAUGCUUGUAAAGAUGGAAUGA